GUUAUUCUCGUUCAGCGUGGAUGAUUAUUAGGUUAGGGUUAGUUGUGCAGUGCUCAAGAAGUAUCACCGUCAAAAGCAUACUUUUCAUUUUCUGGUAUCCAAUUUGGAGGACAAUAUUUCAGAAAAAGCUGCCUGCACCCUUUUACCACACAAUUCACUUCAAUGGCGCAGAGAACAGCUUGUUUGUUUCAGCUGUAUCCUUGCGUUUUUGUCGGUGAGUGUUCUCAUGUCUUGGUUCAGUGUCUUUACCUAUGUACCCGCUGAACUUCAGUGUUUUUUAAUUUUAAGUUUACUUGUGCAUUUCUAAGUCGAUUCUCCUAACGGAGAAUCGACUCCUGGUCUGUUACGACUUGCACAAUUCGGAUAUGGGACCUUUGCUGUAUACGACACCAUAGGUUACCAGUUGCACAACAACCCCACCAGACUUGCUGGGGCUGGUAAGGCUAAAAACAUGGUAAGUGUGAAAGGGAUAAAUUCUGGAAUUUUGUUCCGCAAGGGAGAGUAAGAACAAAUUCCCAUUUAUUGUAUUUCUCAAGAUUUUCCAAGCUUCCAUUUAUGUGCUCAAUUGUUUCGUAAUUCUUCUGUAAAUAAUCAGCGAAUAGAGAUGUGUUCUUACCACAACGAAAUGCUAAUUUAGGGUAGGAUGUGACUACUCUCUUCCAGCUCGUAUAUGACGAAAAUAAUGCAAUAAAUAAUUCAAUUUAAAUAGGUUAGAUGAAAAAUCAUUUUAGAUGAUCACUCUAUAUUAAAAAGGUGUUGUGCUGAACAAGUUGAAAUCUAGAAAUAAUCUAAACACCACAACAGACAGAGGCUUGUUUUGAGACCAGACAGUUUAUUAAAUGUAUAUAUCCUACGUAAAUAACACACUAGACUACUACAUAACAAAGAUAUUGGACAAAUAUACUAAACCAUUGAUCCAGUAAUCAGGAAUAUAUUGCAAACACGAGUGAGAUUAAGAUACAAUCAAAACUGUCGGUGGUGUGGGUAGGAGGGAAACUAAAACUUUCCUAAAGCUAGAAAUAAACUUGUUGCUUGCUUGCUUGCUAGAUUACUAAUAACACGUGCACAGAUACCUAAGUGGUAAUACUAAAGUAAUUUUGCAAUUAAAAUGUGUUAGCGUGGUGAAUAGCCAUUGGCUCUACCCAGAUCUUAUGACUUACAUGCUGAACAAAUUGUUCAAUCUUAAAGAAAAGGGAAAAUACUAAUUUGCAUCCUACCUGUACCUAGUCCAGGCCUCUCAGUUAGCAAUGUCUAGAUUCAUAUUAAUAGAGAUUAAUAUUCACAUUAUCCCAUAACCAUUGUACUAUCGUCUACUCAAAGUAUUUUGACAGGCAGUGGAUUUAAUUCACUCACUUCACUUCCAGAAAUGUGGUGUGUCAUGAAAUUGUGAUCAUACCUUUUAGUAAAAGCAAUUAUGUGUUAUAUACACAGAUCUAGAUAACAUUCCCCUCAAAAAUUCAACAAUCAUAGAAAAUAGUGUACCUUUCACAUAAUUUUUCAAGAUGAAAAUGCCCUCACUUUUUAACUUUGCUUUUUCAGGUCUGGUAAUUUUUUAUUUGACUUCUGAGGUAACAGCAAACUCUACAUCUACUAUGGUGUCUUCAUCAAUUUCGCCUUCAAAGGCAUCUACAUCAACUAUUGCAUCCUCAACAGUGGAUUUCUCUACAAUGCCACCCAAGACACAAAGCCCAGCAUCAGGAUAUGGUCAUUUCAAUAUAUCAGGGGCAGGAGGGAAACCUUGCCUCCUUUUAGAUAUCUCAUGUGCAGUGACCUUACAACUGCAAAGUGAGGCAAGUGUUUUUCAGCUAUGAUGAUCUUAUGAUGAGCAUUCAAAAUGGUGCAAUAACCAUGUUUUGCUGGUUAUUUACUGUUAAAGAAAGGGGUAUUGAAGAAAAAAAAAAUUAUGGCUGUAAGAUAUUGUUGUAGGGUUGAUAAAUCUGAAACAUCUACUACCUGCUAGCCAGUUAUUUACUACGUUUUUGACAUUGAGGGAUUUAAAAAUAUGAUGCUUGUAAAUGAAGGGCAUUUUCAUCACUAACCACAAGAUCCUAGAUUAGAUUUAAAGAUCAAAGGUUUUGGGUGUUAAAAAGAAAAGAGUCACUUUGAGUAGUAGUAGCUGAAGUUUCAUGGUAGACCUCUGAUAGAGCUGAAGCCACUAGAAAGUUUUGUUUGGAUGUCAGCAAUGACUUAUUGACUAUUUGGGAAGCUGAAAUAAAUGUUGUAUAACUAAGUGAUCAAUACUUAAUAAGGGCUUGAUAUCCUUAGGAGACUUUUGACCUUCCACUGAAUGCCAUUCCAAGUGGAACUUGUGGAGAGAAGACAUCAUUUUUGUCUCUUGCUUGGAAAUCAGAAUCAGCCAACAUGACCAUCUCCUUGACAUUCUUGACCGUGAAGGACAAAUGGAUAACUACUAGCCUGGUUUUCACUUAUAUUAAAGACAUCAGUGGGAGUGGUCAGUGACAUUACUGCUUUAAGUCUCCCUAUAUUCUUUGAAAUGUGAAUUAACCUCUGGAACUCAAGAACAACUUACAAUAAUUGUGCAUCUAGAGUUUAAGGAUCAGUUUUAUGAGCAUAAAUAAUGCUUCAUGUUGUUGAUAGUUGAACUGUCGGUGAAAGCCAUUACUACUAUAGUAUGAUGGAUUCUUUGUAUGCUGUGUUACUGAUUACAGACAAUAACGGGGGCGGUGGGAUAAUCAGAAAUUCACGAAAAGCCCAGAAACUGCUCAACACCUCAGAGCACUAAUUACCUUUUGUGGCAAAAUUUUUUUGUUAAAGUGAAAGUCAUGAACUAACAAUUUAAGUAUAUUUUUAUAUGAAGAGUGGAAAGUGAGUGCAGCCCAAAAUAAUUCUGAAAAGCUGAUGAUGACAGCAGCAAAAGAGAAAAGUUUUAAAUGCAGUGAGAGCCUGGACAUAACACUUGAAGGGAAGAGUAAAGUCACAGUUAGCAUAAAAAAGAUAAAAGUGCAGCCAUUUGGAAGUGACUUUGGUGAAGGUAGGAUCUGUGGCAUUACAACAGAGAGUGUUUUUGUUCAGUAUUCAGUUACUGCAAUUGUUAACCUUUCACUCCCAAGAGUGGCCAAACAUUAGUACACUUUCAAGCAGGACGGGAAUGAGAAUAAAGAGAAUGAAGAUAAUCAAACUGGGGAUAUUAUUUUUUUUAACUUGUGGUUUUUGGUUCUAAAAUUGUUAGAUAUGUAUAGAAGACAGUACAGAAAAUUGAUACUUGAGUGUUUGAAGUGGAAGGGCUAAGGUGUAUAUAUAUGUAAAGUCAUGUAUCAAUUUUGUAUUUAAUGUCAAGGCUUAGGAUCAAUUUUUAUCAUAUUCUUCAGUAAAUUGCUUUUCUUAAUGAGCAGAAGUAAGCAAGUAGGGAAAAAGGAGUCAUCUUAACCUUUGACCCUUAGGAAUAAUCAUGUUUUACCUUUACUCAUGGAAACCUGUCGAUUAUUCAGGGUUGUAAAAAAAGUAUUUGAGUUAGUGGAUAGUGAACUAAAGUAUAGGCACUAGAGGUGGAAGGCUCCCCCUCCUGCAGGCAAGGACUCAGAAUAUAUGGCACACUUUCCAGAUAAGAAGGUGGAAUGUGCUGGUAACCAGCUUAUCUGAUGACUGAUUAUUUAUUAACAAUUCACCAGCCAGAAAGCUUUAUCUUUCAUUUGUUAAAAGAAUUUCUCUCUCUACAUCUUGGGAGUGAAAGGGUUAUAACUGCUCUCUUAAACUGAGUAGGCAGAUUGUUUUAAUCCAUUCAGAUGGAUUGCACUUGAUAGAAAAAUAAUUUUGCAAGCGUUGAAUCAAAAGAAUUUUACCAUUAUUGGAGGAAAUUAUGUUACCACUGAUUUAUUGUAUUCCUUUUUGUAUUUAGCUGAUGUUUGCUCUCCAACACCCGGUAAAAACCCAGCUGAGCCUGUGGACACUAUUGUACCAACUGUUGUGGGCUGUGUGUUAGCUGGGUUGAUUGUUAUUCUUAUCAUUACAUACUUUGUAGGCCGCUGCAAGAGAACUGGCUAUGAAAAAAUGUGAUUACAAUUUUGUGUAGUUGUCUACUAUUAUUGUGAUUGAGAAUAAUGUGAGAGUGAUAAGACUGUUCUUUAUAAUGGAGUAUGAUACUUGAAUUGAGUGGUAUCCUGAACAACAACAUACCAUGUUUUUUUUUUUUGAUGAGUUUUUUAGUUAUUUUAAAUCAACAAAAUUUCUGACACAAAGACUUGUUUUUACAUUUUUAUUAAUAUUUGAUAUCACUCUCAAUCUCUGUUUUGAUUUAAGCAAUCUUGAUUUGUUGAUUAUGGGAAAAUCUUUAAAAAAACAAUAUCUGCUCUGAUGACAGCUAUUUGACAACUAUUCACCAAUGUGGAGGUUGCUUCUGAUUGAUAUUAACCAAGCUGCCAAAUGAAUAGGGUAAUGUAGUAUUAUCAACAAGUUGAUGUUGUAGUUUCAAAGCUAAUGUUUCCAGUGUUAGCCCCUCAUCAUUCACCCAUCUUUCAAUAGUGAGGGUAAGCAAUGAGCGUAUUUUAAAGCAAAAUGCUGGAAAGCAUCCUUUACUUAUUACGAAGACUAAACAAAGGGAAUGAAAUGGGUGAAUAAGAGCAGUUACUCAAGCCGAUUUCACUAGCAUGCAAUGCAUGCAAAAAGUUAAUCCAAAUAACUUGCUUUUGUGACUUGAUUCCCUUGUUUUCAAUAUAAAUUCAGAUAAACACAUUUUUAUUAACAGUAACUAGCACAUUAUGGUAAUUUUAAGGGCCACCUGCUUUCGUAAAAACUUUGAAAUCAUGUGUGUACAUUCUCAAUUGUUCAUAAUCUUUUUGAAGAGUACUCAUUAUUUUUUGAUAGAUGUGUCAUAAAGUGACACAAGUUUUUAACAAGCACUUGUUGUAAUUAUUUUUAAAUAAAUCUUCCUGUAAUCCUCUGUGGUAGAGAGUGUCAAAAGUCAAUGAAAAUGUUCAGAAUUUUUACAGUUUGUACUCUAGCAUCUCCCUUUCAUUCUUUUUUCUCUGUACAUCCAUGGAUUUCCGUGCCUAGUGCGUCACGUCACUGUCACGCUAUAGUACGGAGUCGAAAGUUCAACGGCGUCGAAAGUUCAACGGCGUGUCAAAUGGCAUGAUGUCGAUUGCAUGACUAGCCUGGAGAUCUAAUCUGGAGCAGAAAAGCACAUAAACUAAGUUGGCCAGUAAUGUAGAGUUGUCGAAUAUCCCAUUGAAAAAGAGAAUUUUGCAACGCCAAUCAUAUUGCAAGUAAUCCCACAACCCACCCUAAAUACGCACAUAAACCCUUUUUAAAACAGGGAACUUGAAAAAUUUAUGUGACUCCUAUAGGCUCUGAAACGUAGCUUUCAAAGUUAAUUAAUUCUAUCUUCUUUUACCACAUCAUUAAAGGCGUUCCUAAAAUUUCACAAUGACAGCGUCAAGCCUGGAACAAAGCAGGUUAUGAAGCUCCUUCAUUCGAUAUGAUUCCCAUGACGAAUCAUUGGAAAUCAUGCGACUAAAGUAACGGAAAAGUUUGCCCCGAACGUGGGUGGUGUAUUAGUUACGUUCAGAUUUUGGAUUUACAGAAUUAGAAUAUGUGAGCCAAUAGCAGUUAAGAGUUAAAAAAUCUUAAAAUAAUUGUGACCGCCCCACCUAGCGAUUACACUGCAUUCUGGGAGGUCUCAUGUUCGUCAUGUGACUUUCACUUUAUCUCGUUUCUUUCCGGGGAAAGGGUUCUUUCGCAAGUAGCGGCGUGGUACGACCUGUUUAGAGCCGAAAAAAGUGAAAAAGGUGAAGAUGUUGAGGCUUUUUGUAGCCCUUGUCUAUUUGGGUGUUGUCUUUGGUAAGUAAAGCUUGUCUAACUUCUAAGAAUACAUUUAAUAUCCUUUCAAUAUUAGUCGGUCGAGUGUGGCGCUGCACAGAAGAGGCUUCGGUUGUUACUUUUGACAAAUACGCAUACGCGGGAAGGUGCCACCGAGUUAAGUUUAUUUUGGAAACAUAAGUCCCUAAGUAAGAGAAAUCUAACUUGUAGUUUAUUGUUUUUUUGUGAUGAAAUUAUUUUUUUCGAGGUCUUUGUUGGCCGUGUUUCAGCGAGAGUCUUCCACUAUCGGUUACGUGAUCUGAUCAUGAUAGUGCAAUAGCUACUAUUUCAACUCGGCUCGAAUUAGAUUCGUGAUGUAGUUUAUACUGCGAGAACACAUGUUAUUUUAGGUAGAGGAGUUUUCUUCGCGGUAUUUCUUUUUCUCCCGCCUUCUUUGUGUUGCAUCAUCAACCCAAGUGCUGAAAGAUGGUUCCGCUUUCAGUUAUCACUCGAUUGCCUUGUGACAAUUGGGUGUCUCGAGUGUCUAGGAAAGUUCUUCAUAUCGAGAUAAUUUUUUGAAAGUCUCUAAUUUUUACCAGAGCGGAUACAUGACUUACAAUGUAGCCAUGGAGUGCAAAAUUUUGUAUGCAAGGAAAUUGCAAUUAUUUAUAUUGCACUUAGGGUUCUAGACGACUCUUUGUGAAGUAUGCUACCAAAUGGAGGAAUACCAAAACAUUUAUCAUAUACGUUUGUCAGUUUUUUUUUUUUUUUUUUGGUCCAAAAAAAAAAAAAUCCUGUUAAUUUCACUAUAUUUGUUGUUUCAAAAAUGGCUGUUUCAUGUGCCCUAUAUUACAAUGUUUGCAUAUGAAGUAUUUUCCAAAAUCUUGUAGUGCCCUUCCCUGUCUUGAUGAACUUUUUUCUCAUAUUAGGGGAGUCAUCAACCCAGGCAUCAACAGCAAAUGGAAUGACACCAACAGCGCCAAGAAAUAGAACAACACCAACAGCAACAACAAAUGCAACAACAGCACCAGUGACAACAAAUGCAACAUCACCAACAAAUGUAACAACACUACCAGUGACAACAAAUGCAACAACACUACCAGUGACAACAAAUGUAACAACACUACCAGUGACACCAAAUACAACAACACUACCAGUGACAACAAAUACAACAAAUGCAACAACACCAAUAGUGACAACAAAUGCAACAACACCACCAAUAGUGACAACAAAUGCAACAACAACACCAACGCCAACCAAGCAAACAACCACUCGUCCCCCAUAUGGCACUUAUUUUAUAAAAAAUGGCGAUAAAUAUUGCUUGCUGGCUCAGUUUGAGGCAAAAUUUACCAUCAAUUAUACGCAAUAUGUUAAGGAAGGAAACAAAUCAAAUACAGCAACAAAGGCCAAGGUGUGUGUAGCAAUCAAUUGUUUUCCUUGGAUUUUAAUGGUGUGAGAUUUUCCAGAACAUUAACCAGUACAGUGUUAUUCUUGUUGGAGUAUUCUUGGAUUUCUCCUGUUGAUGCUAAAGCCAAAGAAACUUUUUUUGUGGUACUCAAGACUGAAUAAAAGUUUUAUCCCCACACAAGUUAUUUCAGUAGAAAGGCUACAACUAAGCGGAAAAUAUCAAAUUAAUACUGAAAUGGGAAGGCACCUUGCCUAUAAUCUCAACUAACUUUGAGUACCUUUUUAGUUAUAACAUCAAAUCUGUAUCAUGGUUCAAUGUAUUUUUUCCUUUCUUCUCAUUGGCUGAGAGCCCAGGCUUCAACAAAUACUUUUGUACCUGUGCAUGGUUAUAUCCUUAAUCAUCAAUGGAAAAUGAGUAGUUGCUUCCUGGAGAUGUUGGAGUGUAAUUCACUUGAGUGGUAAAACAAUUAUUGAAAUGAGUUAUUGCAAUUAUUGCAGUAUUUCAAUGUCCUGUGGAUCAAUACUAUGAUUCUUGGGUUUUAGCUUCAGGAAGGAAAAUUAAUGAUCUGCUCAAAAACCCAUAAUACUCUGCCAACCUUGUGAUUCAUUAUUUUUAUCAUUAUUAUCAUCAUCGCUAUAAUUAUUAUCAAUACAUGUACAUUGGUUUUGUGUUCAAAGGUAGGAAAUGACCACUAGCAGUUGUUCUGAAGCCUAUACAACAAUUAUCUAUUGUGUUGGUUUUUGUUUUUCAGCAAGGCACUGUUGUCCUUGACAGUAAUGCAAAGGUGAAUGUUGCCGGUAGCUGUGGGAUGCUGAUUCUAACAUGGAACAAAACAAGACCACAUUACACUUUGUCAAUUGAAUUUGGCCGUCCAAAAAAAUUGCAAGCAAGUGGUGACAGUUCUUUCACCUGGUGGUUGAGCCGUGUGUCUCUCCUGGCCAACCUCACAGACAACCCAGAAUUCCCAAAUGCCACAGGUUGUAAUAUUGAUUUUGAUGAUUUAAUAGGGGACGUGAUAAUGGUAAUCUUAUUAAUGAUAAUAAAUAUAAUGGAGAUAUAGUAAUAAAAACACCAAAAAGUUAUGAUGAUAGUAAUAACUAUUCAAGUGCUAAUAAAACCCAGCAGAUACAGUGUUAAAUGUUGAGUGACUGAAGAAUUUUCCCCAGUUGAAUAUUUCCAAUAAGUAUAUACCACUUAGGUGAAUAGUGUUUUUGACACGUCAUUUUAUAUACCACCUAGGUUAGUAGCAUUUUUGACACAUGCCAUUUUAUAUACCACCUAGGUGAAUAGUGUUUUUGACACGUGCCAUUUUUGUUAUUUAAUUGCUAGAUUAGCAAGUACCAUCCAUCAAAAAAGGUGGAGGGCCUACUAUUUUUCUCUGAAUUGUCAGAAAUAACUAAUUUAAGGUUUCUGCUUGGUAUGUUCUGAAACAAUUUAUUCACCUUGGCAUGAGUGUAAGUGGUGGAUAUGUACUUUUACUUCAGUGAUUAAUUAUUACCUAUCAUGAAUGUUAUUAUUAUCAAUGUUAUCAUUAAAAUUCAACAAAUGUUUGAAUUGGAAUCAAGAUUGUUAUUAAGACGGCAAGAGUUAAUUAUUGUUGAUGGGCAAUGAAAGCUAAAUCUUUGUUAUCAAAAUAAGAAUACAAAAGGUUAAAAACAGUGUAAUGUACUGUUUUUGGUGAAAUACAAUACUGGCAAUUAAUGAUUCUUCAACCUAGCAUGUAAAUGUCUGGAUUCUCUCAAAUACAGAGAUAAUUGUUAAGAAGAGUGAAGAUGCCUUAACAUGUGAUAUGAUUACUUAAUGAUUUCAUGAGUGAUUUGGCUCAUCCCCCUAAGUUUUUAGAGGAAACCCAUCAUAGAAGUAGUUAAUAAGUUAGAAUGCUGAUAAGAAGGUAUGAUAAGAAAGAGAAAAAAUAGGAAACACACUUGGAAGUUUUCCCUUGUGGAAGAAUAUGAAUAAUUUUGAGUGUUGAAUAUUAUGUUCAACACUAAAUCUCAACAGCAUUUUGAGUAAAUGGUUAAAAUAAUGAGGAUAACUUAAGAAGCUCUUUUUCUUUUUGUUUUGUUUUCGUUUUUUUGUAAGUGUUUGAUUAAAUAUUUGAGAUUGCUUUCAGGGAUGAGAAGGUAUUUUCAUUUUAUGUGAUUUUGUGACUAAUGUCUCUCUUUUUUCUUUUUUGCAGUGAGUGUGGUUAAUGCCUCAUACACACUGUUCCAAAAUAAUAGUAUUCAUGGUACAAAUGGUAGCUACUACUACUGCAAAAAAGACACAAAGUUCACUCUUAAGGCAAAGAGCAAAGACAACCAAGUCCAAGCAGAUUUCACGGAUUGGAAGGUUGAACCAUUUGUUGAGAAAAGUGGGGAGACAGACUUUGGAUCAGGUUUGUAUUGAAGUUUUUACCCCUUCUAACCAAUAAGCCACUGAUAAAUUUGGAAAUGAAAUUAUAAAUGAUUGAUUGGGGCUAUUUGCCCAGUUCAAAUUCAAAUUUUAAAUUACAUAGCAAUUUGAAUUUUGACUACAAAGGGUGUGUUGUGUUGGGGAUCCAAUGGGGCUGAAUUUCAGCACAGGUUGGGGUCAUUUUGUUAUUUUUUCGGUAAAGACACUGUUUUUCUGACCAAGAAGAGAAAAUCUUCAUCAAACCAAUAAUGGUAAGGAAAAUUAGUUUCUUGUAGUCACAAACACUCACCAACCCACAGCAAUAGGUAUGAAUAUGGUGUUGUUCAGUAUAUGGUUUGAAUCAAGGAGUGAAAGUCUGAUUGUGGGGAUGAAGGUGGUUGCUAGUCCUGAAAAAAAUGUUAUAACAGUGACUGAUGUUUAGACAACUUGAGCAGAAGUCAUCAGUAUAGUAAAGGUGAUUGUCAUAUUGCUGACAACUUGUUUCCAGAUUGGAAAACUGUCAGUCAAAGUUGCCAACAACAGCCAACAGCCCUUAAGAUCUACUCUCAAGGAGAGAACUAUGCUCAAAGUUUUCAAAGUUGCCAUUUGACACCUGAAAAUUAAAAAAUGGUCAUCAGAAAUUAAAUUGUAGUAUUCAGUGGCCAGAAAUUGUUUUUAAUGCUCGGAGGCCAUCCUAGGACUUCAAAGCCCACAACUGAGAAAUGAGAGACUGCAAUAAUUUUUUGUCUUAUUUUUUAAUGGUUAUCUCUUUUCAACUUGAUACAUAAAAAACACUGUGCCCAUUACAGCUUGCUCCUUUUACUCUUUAAUUUGCCAAUUUUUAUCACUUAUACUAUGGCAACCAAAAUGGUUGCAUCGGAGACUUCUGGAUGGUAUGUUGUCAUUAUAAUGUAGAGACUCAUUUCAGUCAUGAAGGAAUGUUUUCUCUUGUGGGAAUUUGUACAUUUCCUUAACAUGUAAACACAAAAAAUUGGGAGAUUCUGUGGUAUUGAUCUGGUGGGUCACAGGGGGUUGUAUUUUCUUAUUAGGUGGCAAUUUCUGUUUGCAAGGUUCAGGGCAUUUUGCAUCAGAAAAAAGUUUUGUCUCAAACUUUGCCUAUUGAACUACCUUUGGUAGGAAGUAAAUAAAACCACCAUUAUUGAGAGUGCUCAAGAAUCAAGCUCAACAUACUAAAUUGCAUAAUUCUGCUGUCACUACAGUGAAGGGAAUUAAUAAGUGCAAGACAAUUUUACAUUUCUAUGCUUUCUAACAGCUUAUUCGAGGAAAUAAACUGGAGUUUCUAAUGGUCCAGUCUGAACUUGAGAAAUAGCACCCAAGAAAGAAAGUUUACUUUUGACCAAUUUCAGAAAGCUGUCUAAUGGGUUUUUUUUAAAAUAAAUUAUAGCAAACCUCUGAAUAAACACAUCAAAAUUGAAAUAUUUUCCAAACCCUGUAAUAUCACAAAAUUUAGGAAUACAAAUGAUUUCUUGCUGCAUGCAGUUUGUUAUGAGGGGUGAGCUUGUCAGCUUUUGAAGUUUUCAAUGUCACUAGAGGUCAUAAAAGGGCCUUUUGCAGCUUUGAUCAUUAAGAGCUCUCAAUAAUUGGGGUUUUCUUUACUUUCAAAGAUAAUUCAAUGGGCAAAGUUUGAGGCAAACCUUUUUUACGAUGCAAAAUGCUCUGAACUGCUCUUACAGAGAUGGCCACUUAAUUUUCACACUGUAGUGCUGAUUACAAAUGUGUUAAUUGUAUAACUUUCUGGAAUAGAAGUAGAGCCCAAUUUUUCCUAUUUAGGCAAAGAUUGCUACCAGGACCAUCCCACAACUCCAUCUCCUACUGGGGGCAAAGACAGUGACAGUGACAUUGUUCCAAUAGCAGUGGGCUGUGCCUUGGCUGGUCUGGUGCUCAUUGUACUGAUUGCUUAUGUCAUCGGCCGCCGCAAGAGUCACCGUGGAUAUGAAAAGGUCUAGUGAAAGAUCUAAGGGGAACAAGCUUGCACCAGACAAUGAUCACACUGAUAAAAUAUACCUGUUGAUAGCCAUGUGUUAGUGUGGUCAUUUUGUUGUGCUUCUUUCUGGACACUUUCUGUCUCAUCUUUUGUGUGAACCUGAUUUUAAAUUCUUCUUGCUGUUAAGCUCUCUGGGACAAAAAUCAUCUUGCAGAGAUUGACUUUUCAUUCCUGUCAGUACAAUUUCCUAUUUUCGUAACAUACUUUUGGGAACUUUUUCCUUUCUUUCUCUUUUUUUGUUUUUUGUUUUUUACCCUCUGUAACAGAUACAUGUAUGUACUAGAGUUAAAGCUACAACUGGUCAGUACAAGGAAUUAGUAGAAGGAGCACACAAAAUAAAAUGAAUCAAAUAAAAGAUUGCUAGUUCACUAAUUACAUUUUUUUUUUAAUUUCUGAUUAUAACAAGCUAAAUCCAAUUUAUUGUGGUACAGUCCUUCUUUCUUAAAAUCUUGAUGUUUUAUUUGACUCAACUUAGAAGUAAAUGUGGCCAAAGAUUUGAGUAUUGCAUGGAAAAGAGCAGCAACCAUACUUCCUGAUAUUGUUGUGGAUGGCCUUUUUGAUACCCUCAAUUUAUGUUAGCGAUGAGAGAUUCCUUGCAUCUGAUAUUUGUUGUUAAAGAGAAAAUUGUAUACCAUAAAGACAUUUUAAUUGGAAAUCCUUUUUUGACAAUAAUAGACAUAGUUUAGAGUGUGUGUUAUUUAGCCUUUUGUAUCAGGCAGUGGAAGGAUGAUUUGGAGAAGGAGGGAGAGAAGGAAAGAGGGGAUUAAGAGGAGAAAAUGGAGUAGUUCCUUCCCUUUGCAUAUUUGAUGCAAAAAACCAAAAAUUGUGACCAGUAGGUAGACAAUGUGAUGCUGGUGCUCCUCACCCCUUUUUUUUUUCUUUUCCCUUGCCAAGCAAACUUGCAUUGGCUGGUGCCCAUCCAUGUUUUUGAUACAUGCAUUGUUUGUAGAUGUUUUGAAUAAAAAUUUACUUAAUUCUAUUUGCAUGUGCGGAUUAUUAUAAUAAGGAUUUGUAUUAACAAACAUGUAUAACAGCAGUUCUUGAAGCAAAAAAGUAGUUGGCAUAUUCAUUUCCUCAGAGGUUGAUAAGGCUGCUUUGUGGGUUGAACUAAUGGCAUGCACAUGAUUGCUCCAUUUGUUUGAACCAAGCAAGAGGUUCACAAAGGCACUCUGCCAAAUGGGAAGCUCCUAAGUCAUUAGAUAGAAUUGACAGGGACCAUUCACUUCCUUGUCUUAUUUGUUUGCUCUACCUUUUUCCUUUUGACACUUUCUUUGAUGCAGAGAAACAAAUUCACUUUACAUAGAGAUUUCAUGUUUGAUUGAAUCUCACUUGAAAGCUUUUGGUUACAACUUGGCGGCAUGUUUAAUUUCGGUAAGUCCAUCAUUCUUGGCUGCCCUCAAAUAGUGCCCUGUGAAGUUAAAUUUGACGGAAUAGCUCGCCUUGGGAAAAGUUUUUUUUUAAAUUUUAAUUUUUUUUUUUUAAACAAUCUGGGUGCACAGAUUGCAAAUUGGGCUAAGAAAAUUGGACAUACCUGACUCUAGAAUUUAAAACAAAUUGUCUAGCGUGGGUGGAGUGUGGAGUAACACAGAUUAACUAGAAAUCUACUUGAUGACGUUAAUUGCCUACAACUGAUGCUAAAUUUCGUUAUACCAUUUUGAGUCGAAUUAAUUUUCCCAGCUAUAGCAGAAGAACCAUUUAUCUCUAAACUACAUAAACCUUAGGAGUCUAGUAGUUCUGGCCAAAUCAAGCUGUCGUGGCAAAUUAUAUUUUGGGGGAAUUGCACGUCCACGACAAAGUGAAUUUUCAAUCCUGGAAAAAGUCUCCGUAAUCGCCGACUUUCCGGCUCGCGCUCGCAUUCUAUGGGCCGUGACACGUGAUGUAAACGUCAUACUCUGCGAUUGCUAGAACUUUCGAUGUCUGGAAUUCUCCGCGGAUAACUAGCUAGUGCGUAUUUCGGUUAUCAUCAUGGCUUACCUUUAUUGUUUGUUUGCUACUUGUGUCCACUAUUCAGGUAAAAUUAUCUCUGCCGAUAAGUUUUCUUUUUUUUAAGGUGUUAGGAUCGAUGCUCGAUAAUUAGAGCUCUGCUGAGGCGAGGUUUCACAACCGACGCGGAACAGUGGAAGACGACUGAUAUUACAGCUGAAACGGGUAAAAUUUCCGCACAGUCUCAUACUAUUGUAAAACAAAUCUGUUUUGCCAAUCGUAAUGUAUUGUUUUCGUUAUUGUUUUCUCUGUCUAAAAACUGAAUGCAAAAUGUGAUAUGGGGCUGUGCGGAAAUUUUACCCUGAAACGUCAACUUGCUGUCGCAGAAACGUGCUAGAACUAACUUUCUUUCACUUUUUAAAAUAAUGCCUGGUUGAUCGAUAUUAAUUUUGGACCCUGUAGCUUUACUUCUCUGGAUUGCCAUUGAGUUUGGAAUCGAAAGCAGGCUUUGAUAUGUGAGCCCCAUUGUGCUUACCUCGUUAUUAUUUUGUAGAAUAAAGUACCAUUGUAUUUUGCGGUAAACCUUCAGUGAACUGCAAUAAUCUUAACACGAAUCUAAUUUUUAUUUCAUUUCGUAAUUGUAAGUAUAUUAUGCAAGGGAUUUAUGAUGAGUUGUUAAGUUAGCUGAUUGCAAAAUUAACCAUGCAACAACAUGAUACGAACUUUGAACUAAUCACUAUGCUUCAAUACAAGAGUUUGAAGGUGUCAAAGUGGUGAUUAAUGACCAAUGAUGAGAUAUUGUUUUAGUCUUUAUGACCAUCACUUUUUCUUUGAGGGAGGUGCAUAUACUUCCAAAUGAAAAUGAGGUUUACUUGCACAUGGGGAAAACUGAUUUUCAGUGAAAAGGUUUUUGAAUCCAUACAUAUUGCAAAAGAGAGACUUGCGGCAUGUUGAUUGAAAGAAGCAUAAUUUUUGUAUAAUCUAAGAGUUCCCAAUCAGUCCAAGAAGGAGAAGUGGAAGUUUGAGAGUUAGGGAACUGACAUGCCCAGAGACAAUAAUACAGCCUAUUGCAAAGGUUCUGAGACUCCUUCAUCAGAUCAGUGAGUUCUCAUUAAAAUGCACUUUAAUGAAUAACAAAAUCUUCGUCAGGUUUGAAGUACGCAGGACUUUAAUGAUAUCUUCAUCCUUAUAAUCAGGUGGGUUUGAUACUGAAAGACAUACCCCAUAUUAUAUAAUGAGUUGUAACUGGUCUAGAAAUAGGAUACCAUUAAUUUCCAAUAAAAUUGGUUUGAAUUUUUUUUUUCUCUCUGUCUUUCUUCCUGUAUUUGUUUUUGAUGUAUUUUUUUAAAUUUUCAGUCUUUUGUCAUUGGAUGUUUGUUGGAGCUACAGGUAGUCUAACCUCAGCAUCCAAUCUUGUCCAGAGCUCAGUUGUCACACACUCAUUUGGAAAAAAUACCUCCAUUCCCUCUCCAAGGAAGACUGUGACUUCUACCAAGGUGACUGUUACAUCAUCAUCUUCCUCUGUUGUACCUUCUCCUCGCAAGACUGUCAAACCUGGUAAUUUGACUGUCACAGCUUCAUUUAAUGGAACUGUUACACCUCAGAACAUGACUAUCACACCUUCACACAUGACAACAGCAGUACUUAACAGCAGUGUAAUGCCACCAAGUACUGGAACAAUCAGACCAACUCCUGUGCCCACUGUGUUACCAUCAUCUACUGUGCAUCCCACACCUACCUCACUCCCACCAGCACCAGGCAACUUUACAGUGAAAAACAAUGGUACAGUCUGUUUGUUUGCUUAUAUGGCAGCAAAAUUUGAUGUCACAACCAGUUCAAAGGUAAGUACCAUUCUCAAUGAUUGUGCAGAAGCCAAAAGAAGGUGUAAAGUAAAGUGAAUUGUCAAGUUUCCUUUGGAUCCUUAGGUAUAUGCCCUAAGAAUUUGUGAGAAGACAACAAAUCAGCUAAUUUACAGACCUUAAAAAUUUCCACGUAGCCUAAAGCUAUGUACUCACCCCAAAACAAAGAGAGCCUAAAUUUAAAUCAUAAUGGAAAAUUGACAAAAUACAGAGAGGCAACCUUCUCAGGAGUAGCAUCUCAUAAAGGGUAAGCAAUCGUAGUUGUUGUUUUUAUGCUAUGGAAACCAAGAAACAGCCACAUAGCUGGCGUGUGAAGUUUUUUUAAGAUUCAUAUACUUAAAACUGUCUUUGGAUUUCUCUUUACUCUUCCAGAAAUUAACCUUCGAGCUUCCGAAAAAUGCCAAGUCAAGUGGUGAAUGUGACACCAGAAGCAAAGAUCACCCUUUCAUCAAAUUAAGCUGGAGCACUCACAGUCACGAUUGUAGCUUCACCAUGCACUUUGAGAAAUUUUCUAAAGACACAACAACAAAUACAGUGACUCAGUACUGGAUGGCUGCUAAUUUAACAUUCUCAGUGAAAUUCAACAGUAAGUCAGAACAUUUUUUGAGUUAUUUUUUUUAAUUAAAAAGGAAAAACUCUAUGUUAGCUUGUAGAGUGGUAUGUUGCUUGUACCUAUCAGAUUGUCACAUUAGGGUUUGUAUCUUGCACCAAUCAUUUUGUCACAUUUGGGUUUGUAUCUUGCGCUAAUCAGAUUGUCGCAUUAUGGUUUGUAUCUCACACCAAUCAGAUCGCCACAUCAGGGUUUGUAUCUUGCACCAAUCAGAUUACUGCACAAGGGUUUGUAUCUCGCACCAAUCAGAUUUCUGCAUUAGUGUAUUAUCUCGCGCCAAUCAUAUUACAGCAUUUGGAUAUCACAGACCAAUCACAGCAUUUGGGUAUUGUUUUCUCAUAAAUGAUGUCAUGGAAUCAUGGGGCUCAAUGCACAAAGAAUGACUUUAACCAGAAAUUUUGGGCUCAUUUGAUAAGUGUUAUGAUUGUGGCCUUUGCAAGAGCCUCAUCAAGUAAGGUCAAGAUUUAUUGGGAUAUGAAAGAUUCACAUUUAUUUUCAUUGUAUUAAUUUUAAGUUAAAAUGUGUUUUUUCUGCUCCUUUUCUCACAAUGUACAGGCCCAAAAACUAACAUUCCAUCACAUACCAUGAAAAAAAAACAUUCAAAGUUCAAUCACGGCAUUGCAUUACGGAAAUCAGCUUUUGUUAUUGUUAUGUUUUAAUUUUUAAAUAGUUUUAGGUAAUUUUCAAUGCUUAAAUAAAGAUUAUACUAUACUAUACUAUACUAUUCUACAUUAGACUUUGCUCCAUCACAUGACAUUUCCCUGUAAACAACCCACAUUUUAUCAAGUAUUCUAACCACAUUAUCCAACAUCACUGAAAAAAAUUCACAUGAAACUUAAUGCUACUGAUAGGAAAUUUUCCUUGCAUUCUCCUGCGUUUUGACUUUUUCUACAAAUAAAGUUUGCUUUUAGCUACCUUGGAAUUAACCCAAUCACCUGUUAAUUCCUUGUAAACAACCUGCACUUUAUCACAUAUUUCACACACACAGGGCAAAGUCUAGAUAGACAACAACCAAUCAAGGAGCCCUCUUUGAAAUAUUAUCCUUUUCUCUUGCUCAGUGUAUCUUCCCCUGUGCAAGAUCACAGUUUAUCUUUGGCUAGGGUCUAUUGGAGAUACAACAGUUUCAGUCUGUCUUUCAGAGUAACAUUACGUGGAAUUAUAUUUUUGAGGCAACGAACUGUACACAGAUAAUUUUGAUUUUCCUUUUGUCACAGGAAUGGCUGUAAGUGUAGUCUCUUUUGCAACUGUUAUUUGGUCUUGUCACACUGGCUCUCUCCCCAACAGGGAAUAGAGGGCAUUGUGUGAUGAGACCAAAAACAGGGUGAAGGAGACUACAGUAAGCAUGGCACCAAUGAAUUUUACAUUUGCUUAGAAGUAGUGAGACAAUAGAGACAAUAGACCACAAAAUGCUUGUGUGAGUUUAGAUAAAUUAUGUUUCCUCUCUCUCUCUCUCUCUCUCUUGAUGCAAAGUAAUCCAAUAUUUUUGUUCUUUUGAAAAUUAUGAAAACAUUAGGAACACAAAAUGUCCCAUUUUGCCCUAAAAAAAGUAACUCAGGCAUGCUAUGCAUGCCUAUGUUUUUGUUUUGUUUUGUAAAUGUGUCUUUCCCUUCCAUGAAAAGUUCUACAUCAGAUGCUCUGUAGCUUUGCCUUUUUUUGACCAAACAGAAGUUCACUGUCCAAAAAUUGUUUGUUUUGUGAUCUUUUUUUUUUUUUUUUUUUUUUUUUUUUACAACAGACUCUACCACUGUGUUCCAUUCUGUCAAAGAGACAUUCCAUGCACUGUCUGCCGGCAUCGGUGAUGCUUAUGCCUGUCCAUCUGCUCCUGCCAUCAAUCUUACAGCUAAGAAAUCCAUUGCUGAAGUUACUUUGACUAGAUUUAAGUUUCAACCCUUUGGUGUAAAAAGUGGGCAUUUUGGCAAUGGUAGGAAUUAUUUUUUUCUGUGUUUUGUUCUAACUGGCAACUAUGUAGUAAGCAUUAGUUAAUGGAUCCCACAGGAAGCUUCCUUGUAAUUUGUAAAGGAGAAUGAAAUGCUUGAUGACUGGUCACAAGGAGCUCUGGAUCAAACCAAAAAGUAACUUAAGCAUCAAAAUCAUCUUGUAGCUGCUCAAAAAUUCAAAUUGAUGGUUAUUGUAGAGUUUGUAUAACUAAUUAUAAAGACUCACUGCCCAGCAACAUGUUUCUUAAUGGUGGGCAUGAUUUGCUAUUCCUUUAUGUACAUUUUAAUUGGCCUACUUGGCCUUGCUUUUCAGUGAAAAUUCUGUAAUGUUUUUAAACAUGUUGUGGAGGCCAAAAAAGGCUAAUUUACUUGAAUAUGAAAUAAUAGCAAUUCAGCCCACCCUUAGUGUAAGAGUCGACAAGUUACUAAUAAUGAACUAUUAUCAACUAAGUUGACAACGUAAAUUGGCCACCAUAAAAAAGAUUUUUAAAAGCCAGUUAAUACUAACUUACCCUGUUAUACUCUCCUGCUGCUGCAACACCAUGGUGUCUCUACCAACUUACCCCUUCUAUCAAGAGUACAAUAUGUUUCUCAUUUAAGAAUCUGAUUUGAUUCUACUAUUAUUCUUCUCCUCUACAGUGACAAAUUGUGUUCUCCCUACGACUCCAACUGCAUCUCCGUCUACAAGUCCACCGAAAACAAAGCAGCCGAAUAGGCAACAUGAAAGUCACAGGUUAGCCAUUGCAGUUGGGUGUUCAUUGGCUGGGCUUGCUCUUGUUGCUGUCAUUGGCUACUUGAUUUGGCGACACCGUAGCCGCAACAAUCAAGGUGGAUACCGCAAGUUGUAAUGCACUGCAAGAAUGAUAGCCCGCAAGCAUUUAUUAAGGUGCAUCAUUAGUUAUUUUUGAUAGAUAUGGUGAGGAAAAUUAGAGUAAUUGUAGUACAUAUAAUGGUACUCAAAUUCAGGAGAUAAAGUAACUUUGGGGAAAAGAGAUUGUAGUUGUAGUUGAAUAAACUUGUUGUAAAGUAUAACUGUAUAUCAAGUUGUAAUCACUUCCAAUGUGGAAGGAGAAUAAGAAGUUUUUAGGAAUAACAAACCUUUAAAAGGUGUAUGUUAGGUUAGUGGGUUUGAAUAAGUAUUUUGAUGAAAUCAUUGAGUUAUAGGUUUUAGAACUAAAUACUUCACAUUAAUUAAAAGUGACAAUACUGUUUUUUUGUUUUGUUUUGUUUUUUUUUAGUUUGAUCCUAAAAAUGUGCCAAUGUAGGUUACAGUAAGGUAUAGGGUUCAAUAUUUUCCUUGUCAUUUUUAAUCUUAAUCAGUAAAUAAGUUACUGAAGACCGUGCCUGUUACAUGAUGGUUUGGUAGUUUUAUGACAGGAAGAAUCAAUAAUUAGACCUUGGAAGUUUAAGGGCCUUGUCCUUGGGGACCCUGAGUAGGAUAGCCAUUGGGUGCAAAGGGGUCGAUGAUUUGCAUAUUCUGGAGUAAUGAAAUCGCAUAGGAGUUACAAGGAAUGAUACGUUUUUAAUACUCCGAAACUCUGUAUUGAUUUAGGCUUGACAACUAGCCGCUGUACGGGAAAUGAGCCUAUGGCGCUAUUUCUUCUCUCCGUAGAAGCAGACUCUGGUAAAUUAAGUAUCGCUACAGUCUUCAAACUACCUCUUACGCAUUAGGUAAUUAGUUAUCAACGGAGCCAGACGUUCCUAAACAAAAGAUAAAUGUUUGACGAAGGGGAGGAUCUUCCAAUAUGUCACGCCUUAGAAAGUAUCAUUUCGGUGGGUCACGUUUUGUUUAGGUACGUCACAGGUCACUUCCGGAGCUUAACAAUAGUCUAGUAUUUCCCGCUAUCAUUAUUGUCUUAUCUCCCUUAGAGAGCAGUGAAGAUGUGAUUAAAAUGGUUUCGCACAAAACAGUGAAAGUUGUCGAUCAACAACACAGUAGCUCUCAAGUGGUCGUGUUCUUAACCUCCUUUUCCGAUCAGCUUCUCUCAAAAAACUUUUUUGGGGGAGCCAUUGAACGCUCUAGAGAAGAGAAGGAUUUUUAAAUACGUUAAUGAUUACUUUGAUAAGUUUUCUUUGUUCCAAAUGCUUUCGGUUCCAUGGG